UGGAGGAAGAGGAGUGGUUCAGUCGCCUUGCAUGAAGUGUGGUCUACUGUAGAGGGCUUUUGUCACGGCAGUCGUACCAGAGGGCGGAGAAGAGGGGAUGGCAGAAAACAGCUCCGAUAUUAGCGGCGCCGUUUACCGGAGGUGUCUGCCUCAUUAUACCGUAGACAAGACGGCCAGUAUCGGGGCCUCGAAAUGGAUUCGCUUGAACGUUGGGGGAACGUAUUUCUUGACAACACGACAGACACUGUGCCGUGAUCCGAAAUCAUUUCUGUACCGACUGAGCCAAGCUGACCCCGAGCUCGACUCCGAUAAGGAUGAGACUGGUGCCUAUCUGAUAGACCGAGACCCUGCAUAUUUUGGCCCUGUGCUGAACUACCUGCGGCAUGGCAAGCUGGUGCUGAACAGAGAGCUGGCAGAGGAAGGUGUUUUAGAGGAAGCUGAAUUCUACAAUAUCACAUCUCUGAUAAAGCUUCUCAAGGACAAGAUCAGGGAACGUGACUGCAAGACGUCCCAGGCUCCGGUGAAGCACGUGUACCGCGUGCUGCAGUGUCAGGAGGAGGAGCUCACACAGAUGGUGUCCACCAUGUCCGACGGCUGGAAGUUCGAGCAGCUUGUCAGUAUAGGUUACGGGCGGGCCCACCAGUCAGAGUUUCUGCUGAUUGUGUCAAGGGAGGUGAAGGGGGAGCUGCCUACCACUACUACUACUACUACUACUACUACUACUACUACUACUUUGCCAAACAACAGCGGAGAGCUCGUCAGCAUCGGCUCCUCUUACAACUAUGGGAACGAAGACCAGGCCGAGUUCCUGUGCGUGGUCUCCAAGGAGCUGCACAACCAAUCGUACGGCACCAACAGCGAGCCCAGCGAGAAAGCCAAGAUUCUUCAGGAGAGGGGCUCUCGGAUGUGAAGAACCAGUAUUAGAAGCUCCAGGGAAGAUGCAAACAUAUCAUGGAAGAGGAGGAAUCAUUCUCCACAUGGAGAUGCUUAUUGAGGGGAUCCUACAUUUGUUUGUGUUUUUUUCUUUUAAUUAUUGUUUCAAAAUGUAAAUAAGUCUGUUUACCAACUUUUUGUGCCUGAUUUUUGCCCAACUGAAAAUGAGGAACUGUAAAUUACGUUUCAUGCUACAAAAUAUGGCCAUAGCCAUGCAAGGCCAAUGAUUCACUCAGGGGCUUCAAUUGAGUUUUUUCUUUAAUCUUCUAACUCAAGGGUCUUUUAAGGGAUCAUGAUGGUCUAUAAAAAGUCGACACUUAUAAUAUUGUACACAGUCAUUGAUUAAACAAGAAACAAGAAGGGAAUGAUGCAUGUAUUUAGCACCCUUUGAGAAAUCCAGCUCAUACAUGCAGGACCAUGCAGUAGUUUCCCCUGACCAUAGAAGGUGUGGCACCUCCCAGAGUUUUCAGAGUUCUUAAAUAGAUUAGAUGGUCAGAACAAACCCAUAGCCCUACUAAGAGACAGUGUUGUUUUUGCUUUGACUGACAAAUAUGCUUCCUUAACGGGUUUACCCUCUGUAUUUUGGAGGGAAUGUAUGUUUAAUAUAGCCUUUAUUAGGAGAGACAUUUUGGGGGCAAGUUUGAAUCUGCAUUUUUUUUUUUAUAUAAUGGUGAAGGAAUAUCAAUUUAUAUCCUUGUUUUUUUUUGUACGUAUUCUAAAAGUACAUUAAUAUUUAACUCUUAAACUGCACGUUUUGUACACUGUAUAGUGCACAACUUCUUAUGGAAGUUGGACUGGAUCUUGCAAAGCUAGAAAAUGUUGAUGAUGUUGGCUAGUUUUGCAUUGUUUGUAUAGUAACUGAGUGAGAUUAGUCAAGAUAAGUCAAAUAGCUCUGCUAAAUAUCUCUAUCUCUUGAGAAGACGCCUGGAAAAAUCUUUUGAUAUCCAAUGACAAUAUACCUUGGCUAAAAAAAGUUGACUGUUAUCUUGUAAAAAAACAUGUUUAUUGUAGGCUGAUACAUUGUUUGAAGCAUAUUGAAUUGUGUAGAUUUAAUACACUGCAUUCCAAGCACAACAGUGAGGAUAACACUGGGCACAAUUAGUUGUUAAGCCUUCAGUAAUUUGUUGUGUGUGUAAACACUGCAUUUCAGGACACAAUUCUUUUGUGGAGAACAGUUUCAUGACUGAGGUUUAUCGAUUCAUUGAAAUUGUAUUCACAAAUAGUUAUUGAUGGUGUUGCCUUUUCCUAAUGAUCAAAUGCAACAUGGUAUGUGUAGCUUACACAUCAAACUGUGUCAGGGAUAUGUUCACUGUUGGGGUGCCGGCACACUGGACAUUACACAGAGGUGGACGCGAGCCCCCUUUGUCACACAAGGACAGACACACCUCUGCACUAACACACACCCACCCUUUUUAUAUCACAUAGAGUGAAACUAACAGAUAAGCGCAUGUUUUUGAUAAACACACACAAGGGCUUUUUAAAUGCAAACAAUAUGAUCAACCUAGAGAUUCAAUCAAUUUACAGUGGGUGUUUAGUUUUUUUAGUUUUUUUUGCUGGAGCUAAGCUAUGUUUACAUUUGCGACAGUAUUCUGAAGCCUUCCAGUUAUGCUGCAUCUUGCACUCCCUACCUUGGUAUAUAGGCAAUUUGUUGUGACUGACAUGUUUGACUUCGGCAACGGCACUCCCCACUCCAGAUAACUUUAAGCGCAUGUAAAUUGAUUGUUAACGGAUGUUUUUUGAAAAAUUGUAUGCGUUUUCAAGAUGUUUGCUACCAACUCAAUAGUUUUUAGCUAAAGACAAUCAUACUGUCCUUACUGUGAUGGCUUUGUUGCUCAUUGAAAUGUCAACUGGCGCUGAAGAGGGAAAUCUCAUAUCUCAUGUCUCAUCCCAAGUACUGUAUGUUGCAGUGAGAUUGAUUUAUUUUCGGUUGAGUUAGUUUAGUUUGGUCUCAGAUCCCACAAGUGGCACAGAGCAGCUGCACUAUCUUUACUCUGGACUGUUUGCCUCUUUUGGCAAUUGAUUAAAAAAACUAUAGAUAGAAAAAGAGUUGUGGUUCAUGCAUUCAGUCUGUAAUAUCUGCAGGUGCCCAGUCUGUUUGAUGAGUUGGCUGAUGUCCACUCAUUGCAAACCACUGAUUUAUGCAUGAUUGAAUAUGAUCACACUUAGUAAAAAAUAAAAAGUAAAUUGUUUCUUGCUCAGCCAGAGGAAUAACAACUACGACUGAUGUCGUUAUAUCACAACGUCAUGUCAACUUUAACUUCUGGUAUAUUAUGCAAUGUUUAAAAUGUACAAAUUCAGUGUGACUGGGAUAGAUGGUCUUGCCUAGGGUUCACCCAAUAAAAAGCUUUUCUCUUUCACA